GCGGCACCAACCAAAGUAGCAAGUAGCGAUCGACCAAGCAAAAGGUGCCUGACGACGCCGCGUCGCGCCGUGCAGUCAACCAAUUUCAUAAAACAUUUAUAGUUUCGGUACAUCGCUUCGGUUUAUCAAUAUUACAGGUGGUGCUCGGUACGAUGACCGUUGACCCUCGAGGGGGUCACUUUGCGGCAUGUCCUCCCCAUGGCAGGAGGGCUGUCUAGCCCGGUGCCAGGAUUGCGCUAGCUCGUGUUCUCAUUUUCCCGGGCUCUCUCACGAGAAACCAUAUAAAAGAUUCAUGACAAUAGGACCUGUGCGGUAUGGAAUGCGCGUGGGGGCGGUGAGUCCACCGCCCCCUGGCGCUGGUCCACGGUACUUAUCCAGGACAUGCUGCUGGCCGGCCGCCCCUCACGAUUCAACAGCGAGAAUCCCCUUGCUUCCCGUCGCUCCUGUGCCUAUUAAUAGUUUGGAUAUAAUUAGUUGCGCAAACAGAACGGAGGACGCCGCGACGUCAGAACAGACGCAGACAGUACGAGACCAUGUUCCGUACCCGGGCGGGUGUUUAUUGAAGAAUCGGUGCGCCCUUGUGUAUUCGCGACUCGUCGACGUCGACCCCAAAGACGAGAUCGCAACCCUGGACCGACUGCCCAGAUUCCGCUUCGGCGGAAAUCGCGCGGAAAAACGAGGAAGCGAUAAGUUUCGCGAAUUGACCGAACGACUCAAGCGUAGCGGUGCUUCUGCACCUGUACCUCCCCCGAGACGGCAUACAAGAACCACGCCGCCUCCACCUGAAUCAGUGGUUUUAUCGCAAAAAAUUGCAGCUUUACCAUCGCGUAGUGCGUCUUUUUCACAAGUUGACUACUGCUCCGACGAUAAUAAAUACGUGCGACGCAGCCAUAAUAACCAAGAGGCUUCCGAUAUCUCUAACAAUACUUUACCUCGUCCUAAAAAUUGUCCACGAACUAAUAAACAGGACGCGUUUACGUCUACCGCACCGUUAGUGGAACCGUCACAACAAUCAGAACAUUGGUUGUCACCUGAGCCUCCACAAGAUAUACCAGAAGUACAAAUUACUUCAGAAGCUCCAGAGAAAACCGUAGUACGACCACAAGAUACCGCAAGUGGUAGUAAUCAAGAUAGAAGGAGGGAUAAAUCAAGACGAAGAAAAGGGAUUUAUUUAUCACAGUGGCCUACGGACUAUUACCCGAACGAUGAUGUAGGAAAUAUCCUUCCUGAGUAUGAUGACUUUUGUAGUUGUGAUAAUACUGCAAAAGGUAAAUCAGAUAUUUCCUCAGACACAGUAAAAAAUGAACAAUCCAGUGUAACGGGAAACAGUCUCCAAGAAGAACCGAUUAGCUUGGACGACAGCAGUAGUUUAUUUUUGGAAUGGAAUGUUUUACCAUCUGCAAAUAAUAAUAACAAUAGCAACAAAAUUAAAAGUCCAGAUUCUCUGAAAGUAACUCGUAGCAAUAUUUUACUACGAUCAGAUUCUUUAUCUGAAGGGGAACCUGAGAGUUUAGAACGCAAACUUGAUCAAAUUUCUCUUGUGCCCUCAGACGUAUCAGAUUGCGAUAGUCGAUCAAGUAUAAGCAACGACACCUUUUGUCCUAGUAUUCCCAGGAGGUAUUCGAAAAGGCCACUAAGAGGCCCAUACGGCCAGAUGUUGGAAGCAGAGAUGAAAAAGCCCGAAUCGAGGAAAAAUCUCAAUAGCGACUUAAAAUUUCUGGAAGAUUUAUCUUCCAAUACAAGCAAAUCAAAAUAUACUCGUCCUCGUGGUUCUUGUAAUAGUUCGAUAGACGAAACUUUUCUUAAAGAGGCUAAAGCACCUAUAGCUAAAAGAAAAGUUAGCGCAGAUAGUUUAGUAGUAGAACAAGUUUCUAAACAAACUUUAGUGCCUAGUCAUCAAAGGACCACUUCCAGUCCUUCAAAGUUGGAAGGAUUCACCAAUACACCAGAAGUAUCUCAUGAUUUACUAGAACAACUUCUUAGGGGUAGCUCUGAGCAACUUGAAUUUAAAGACCAACAACUUUUGAAUGAUACCAGGACUCACGUGCUCAUAGAGCUCUUUGACAAUGAAAGAAUCUACGUAGAGUCUCUCGAAAUUAUUGUUUUGAACUAUUGGGAACCCCUCAAAAAGACUGAAAACGCACUGGUAGAGCAAAACUUAGUAGAAGAAAUAUUUUCCCAGGUACCUUUUUUAUUAAAUCAUCACCGUAAUUUUUUAUUGAAAUUGAAAGCCCGUCUUGAAACAUGUGAAAGCCGAGCAACGAUAGGAGAUGUAUUUUUAGAAAUGCUAGCAGUUCCAGAUUUAAUUGAGCAUUAUGUCAACUACGUGAAUAAUUGGAAAAGAUCUAGGGAUAUCAUUAAAAACGCUCAGACUGCUAGACCUCAAUUUGCGAGGUUUUUGGAGUCUGCAUCGAAAAAUAACGUUAAGAAAUUAGCGCUGGAUUCACUGUUAAUUAAGCCAAUUCAAAAAUUUCCAAAAUACGAAUUACUUCUUCAAAGACUGAUAAAGCACACUGCUGAAGAUCACCCUGACUUUGAACUUUUAAGUAGAGCACAAAAAGAAGUACACGAACAAUUAUUAAAAAUUAACUGCACAGAAAAAGAGGCUCUAGAAAUAGAACAAUUGAGAGAAUUAGAAAACCUUAUAGAAGGGGCUUUAGAUUUAGUUUCUGCAGACAGACAAUUUUUAAGGCACGAUAUGGUAGUUAUGUCACAUGGAGGUGGUCCGAGAAAAGAGAGGGCUCUGUUCCUUCUAACAGAUCUACUUUUAAUUACGGGUAUUAAAAGGCGAAGUGGCACGAUUACAAAAAAAACGAAUUUAAAUAUAAAUGCAACUAGCUUGGAUGCUAACAAGUAUAAACUUAUAAUGAAAGUACCUUUGGAAGAUGUGGAAAUUAUUCGGUCAAAAGAUGACAACGUACGCCAAAUGCAAAUUGAAGUGGACAAUCUAAAUGAAGACAUCGAUAAUCUCAAUAAAAUCAACGAUUUGACAUUGAGUUUGCAUUGUAAUCACUCAUAUCUAGAUGAGUGUGUUAAGGAGCUACUUGCUAACUUAAAUAAACAACUGCAGCUUCAACAAAAUACUGAUUUGCAAUUGUGCGUAUUGGACCUCACUGUUUUAACGCAGAACGGAAUAGAAAUGGUGUCCAUUGUCUUCCCUAAAGCUGAAAUACGUGCAUCUUGGGAAGAAACUCUCACAGAAUACAAAGCCAAAUUAGGUGAUAGACGUCCAACCCCAGAAAUGAUGGCAACUGUUCCAAUUCGUAAAACUCGUGCUGGAUUACAAUUCACAUGUGCUGCACCUACCUUAAGUGAAAAUGGUCGUGAUGUAUGGGUAUGCAACAGCGACGGAUACGUUGGUCAAGUAUGUGUAUUGACGUUAAACGAAAAACCAGAACCUGCAGUUACAUCUUGCAAUGGAGUCUGUAAUACAAGGAUUUUGUGUAUUGUUUCUGUACCAGGUCCUGGAAUUCAGAGCAGAGCCUCAUCAUUUUCAUCUGGGAAGAAUAGAGACAAAUUACAACCUCAAAAAGCAAUGCAGUUCGAUAGCAGCUCAUCAAGCGACGAAGAUGAAAGAAGAGACGAAGAUGAAAAAAAAUCUGAAAGAAAUUCAGAGUGUAGCAGUUUUCUAGGCGAAGAACCCGAUAAAUUGUCUACAAUGUGGCUUGGCACCGAAGAUGGCUGCAUUCAUAUCUACAAUUCGAAUGAUAAUAUACGUAUCAAGAAGAAUAAGGUUAAAUUGCAGCUCGGCUCUGCAAUUUUAUGUAUUAUAUAUUUGGAUCAUAAGGUGUUUGCUUCUCAAGCUAAUGGGUUUGUACUAAUUUACGAAAGAGAUAGCAAGGGUGGAUGGAAUACAAAUUGCCCCAAACAAAUAACAUUAGGGAAUAGCAGUACACCAGUUUCGAAAAUGGUAGUGUAUAACUCAAAAAUUCUAUGUGCUUGUGGUAGCACAGUCAUCAUCUUCAAUCCACAAAACUAUGAAAAGGAAACAGUCCUUUCAGUAGGUACCAAUGAAACCAACAAACCACCACAGAAUCCUGCAAUUUCUUGUAUGCUUCUAAGCGGAAAUUCCGUAUGGUUAUCUUUGCAAAACUCUGCUUUGAUCAGAUGUUAUAAUGUUGUGACUUAUGAGAUGGUUUGCGAAACUAGUCUUGCCCCAGCUGUACAGAAAAUGUUAACUAGUUGUGAUGAUAUAAUCCGACAACACAAAGCAGCUUGUCUUCGUGUAACAGCUCUUGUACAUUGUAAAGAUCUUCUCUGGAUAGGAACAUCAGCAGGCGUAUUGCUCACAAUGCCACUGCCUCAUGUUACUCCUACAACCGGCAAGUUAGCCACAAUUCCUCCAGUUACAGGAGUACCACAUGGUCACACAGGACACGUUCGAAUAUUGACUUCUCUAGAAAUGCCGUACCCCUUGCCCAAAAAGAGUACCCCGUCAAAAAAGAAUUCUAAAAGCAAGUUACUUCCUGACAUUCCCCAAGUGAAAACUACCAGAUAUUUGGUAAUAUCCGGCGGCGACGGAUAUGAAGAUUUUCGAACGUCAAAUUUAUCAGAAGUAGCUGGACGUGAAGACUCCACUAACCAUUUGUUGCUUUGGAACAUUUGAUUUGGAAGUAAAAGUAGGCCCAUAGCUUUUCCCUUUGUAACGCAGGAGACACUUAUUUAGUGCCGACCAGAAACAUCGAACAUUUGGUAUAAGUAUUAUUUUUAUAUAAAACAGAAGAUAAUUGCCAAAAGGAAUUUGCAUGAGAGAAGACAAUAAAAUAUUGGUUUUUCUAUUUUUUUCUCACACAUAAUGCAGAUUUUUAACUUAAGUACCUACCUGAUUCCUUAAUAUAUGGCAUAAAAAGUAUACCUACUCAGGUUGACGUUGUAAAACGGUUUCAAUCAGAGCGGUUGAUAUAGAUGCCAGUGCUUAUUGAAAAAAUUAAAAUAUGUUUUUUUUUAUUAGGCAACUUUAUGUCAACUACGUAAACCGAACUGAAAUGAUCAGUGAAAUUCGGUGAUAUUGUCAUGUGUUAUAUGGUUCACUUUGCCAUAUUUAUCUAUAUUUGGGCAAUGCUUUAUGCUUUGAGUAAAAAAAUAAAACGAGUAAACGAAUUUUAUUUGUUGGUUCAGGAAUUCCAACAUUUGUUAAUAGUAUGUUAUUAUUUUGAGAUUAAAAUGAAGCAAACCUUUAUUAUUUAUGCCUUAUAAAUAUGGAAACGUAACUUCAUAUCAGGUCAAUAAAGCUGUUACUAUUUUGAGUAAAUAUAGGUACAUUACAGAUAAGACUUUGAUAUGCCAAUGAACAGCUUGCUGCCUUUGCUAAUUAAGCUUUAACUAAUCUGCAAUCACUUAGAACUUCAAAGAAUCUGACUUAUGCCUAAACAUUUUAACGGAAGUUUAGCACUGCAAAAUUUUGUGUUUUAUACUCCAGUACAAUUAAUAAUUUGGGAUGAGUAAGAAAAUAGUUUGAAGCUGUGAUUAAUUUAUCUAGCGUAUUGUAGCGUUGCCAUUAAACAUACCAUUUGACGAUAGGGCAGGAUUUCCAAAACUGUUGCAUGCGUUCGUGGACCAAAAUAAUGUUCGGUUUGUUGUUCUUUUUUUGUUCAAGGUUCAACAACAAAAGGAACAACAAACACAAAACUUUCAAUUUCGGCGAACCAAACAACAAACGGAACUUGUUGUUCGAUGCACUUGCAAAUUUGUUCGCUAGAGAGCUCAUAUAGCGCUGGCGAAAUUCAUCAUCAUCAUAGGCGAUCAUUCGAUACCGAGUAUGAUUAUCUUCUAUUCUAUACUAUUGUCCUCGAGUGUGCGUAUUCUGAAGGCAAUAUAAACGAAUUCUGGAGCCGCACACUCUUCCACAGUCUUGGCACACCCAGUCUCUGGCAGCAUUUUCUCGUCCUCUGUUCUCUCGCUCCUUCCUGCGGUCCGUCUUUUCGGUCUUGUGUCUGCGUCGCAGUUAUUUAAAAGUUUGUGGGCCAUCGUGGACUACUCGAGGCCUAUCAUUUGCCGUCGUCUCCCUGUUGCUGGUAUCGAUGCUACACUUUGCCAUAUUUUCCUUUAGAACAUCUUUGUAGCGUCUGUCGUGGAAGACCUGUUACUGGCAUGCGGACGAUGUGACCUGUCCAGCGAAGUCGGUGCUUAAUGAUGAGGGCUUCAAUGCUAGUUGUUCUGGGCUCCUCUAAAACACUAAUGUUUGUUCAUUUGAACGAUGUUGGACUUCAGCUUCAAUGGUUGCAUUCGUUGACAGAUGACUCCCAAGGUAUGGGUAGUGCCCUACGUUUUGCAAAGAAUGGUCAUUUAUGGUUAUAUUUGGGGUUGGGGAUUAAUAUCCGGUGCGGGUUGGUGCAGAAUCUGCGUCUUGUUAAGGUUGACCUCUAGGCCUGUUCUCCUGUAUGCCUGGUUGAAUGCAUUGAUAAUUGCCUGAAGAUCUUUCUCUGUAUUGGCCAUCACAACGUUAUCAUCCGCGUAUUGAAGUUCAAUUAUCGAUAUCAUCGAUAUCUGUUUAGGUUGAAUAAGCCGCCAUCAAGUCUGAAGAGGAUUUCCUGAGGGCAGGUGAACCUCGCUCGAUAAGGUGAAGAAUGUAUCCUAUAAAUAGAGAAAACAUAGGGGUGCAAUAGCACAGUCCUGUUAAACGCCUGUAGUUAUUAGAAAAUAUUCUACUUGUCCAUCGUUGCUUAGGACAAUUGCAUUCAUAUUAUCAUACAGCAGGCGGACUAUCUGGAUCUACUUUUGCGGACACCCAGCCUUUGCCAAAGAGCUUCUCUGUUGACCGAAUCAAAUGCUUUCACUUAAUCUAUGAGGGCCAUGUAUAGAGGGCGAUUUUGUUCUCUGGAUUCCUCUUGCAUUUGUUGGGUCGGUUGUGUGUAAAGCCACUCUGUGUCUCUGGGAAGCUCUCUUGGGCAGUUGAGAUAAGACGAUUCGAUAAUAUCCUGACUCCUUUUUUAAAGAAUUCAGCAGGAAUGCCGUCAAUACCAACUGACUUAUUGUUCUUCAGUUGCCUGAUUGCCUUUUCAACCUCGUCUAAUCUGGGAAACUUAACUCGCUUAGUUCUUGCUGUAUUGUUUCUAUGGAAUUUCGCUGAAGAUGUCAUUAUCAAUUUGUGAUUAUCUGUUAAGCAGUUCCUGAAAGUGUUCCUUCCAACGAAAAUUAAUGAAAGAACUUUCUUUAAGCAGUCUUGUGCCACCUUUGAAACGUAAGGAAUUGAGUCCUUGAGUGGUUGGUCCGUAUACCAUCUUAGUAGCCUCAAGGAAGACCAUGGUGCUGUUGGAUUCAGCUAGUUGCUGGAUUUCUUUUGAUGUUGUUAUCCACCACUGUUUAACACUCGCGUUUGCCUUUCAGCUUCUGCUUUUGCUUGUUGGUAUUGCCUUUUUUUACAAUCGAGUUGGGGUCGAUUUUCCAUGCAUUUGCGCCCUUCUUUUUCUUUCUACAAGGUAUUGAAUUUCAGUGUCGUUCUCAUCAAACCAGUCUUGAUGCUUAUCUCUUGUAUGUAGCCGACCGUUUCUUCUGAGGCAGAUGUUAUUGCGGUGUUCAGUAUUUUCUAGUGCUCCUCAAUGCUUUUCGGUUACUCUAACGGAAGUUCCUGCGUUUGAACAGCUUUUUUUGACAUGUACUGUUUGGUGGGAUGCACAAGUUCAUUCUGGCUCGUAUCAGCCGAUGGUCAGUCCAUUAUUAGUAUUAUUAAAUUAUCUAGUUAUUUUUUCUGUUUUUUUUUUUUGUAUGCGCAAUGUAUGUGUAUGUUUAUUAGUAUGAAAAUGCUCUUUAAUUAGCCCAGUAGUAGCUUCAAACUAUUUUGUUCUUCUUUCAUCUUAGGAAAUUUCAUGAAUUGGAGAUAAAACACACAGCAUGCGAAUUAUUUUCUACAAAAAUAAUAACAAUAAAGAAUCAGAUGUACCUAUCUAAUAAUUAUUACAAAAUAUAAGUAACUAAUUCGAAGAAUACGAUGAUACGAAUAUUUAUGUAGGUAGAUAUUAUCCAUAGAUUUUUCUAAGAUUAGGUGAAAAUGCUUAUUAUUGCGUAUGUGAAAGACGAAAGUAAUAAUUUAAAAAAUCCGUCGUAGCUACCCAAACCGCUUAUCAUAUCCUUUACUUUUCUUGAGGAAAACAAAUUAAAAAAAAAAAUGUGUUUUGUGAUAAUACUAAGUAUUAAUGAGUAACUCCGAUCAAAAAAGUUAUUUUAUAUUUUAUGCCCAGAAAGAACAGUUACAAUAGCCUGUAAAUUUUGCAAUAAUCCUGUAAGUUACAGAGUUAUCAAAACAUCACAAUUGGGCCUAAAAUAAGACAAAUAUCUCAAGCUCUGGUUAAAAAAAAACAGGGUACUUAUAAGUAAGAACGGGAUAAAUUACUUAAUAGAUUACCAGUAUAGGUAGCUAAAAGCAGAAAAAUAAAUUACCGCUUGUUUACCGCAAUCUGGUAAAAGUAUUUUUAUAUCUAAGUAGAUAGAAAAAUUAUCCUGAAGGACAUAUUUCAUAAAUUUACCAUUGCAUAUUUAAUAUAAAAAUCAUUUAAAUAUUAAUAAUUAUAGGUUAUUUACCACGAAAUACUUUAAAUAAUUUCCCUAAUUUGUUAUGUUUAAAACAAAAACUAGAUUUUUGAAGGGAUCUUUAUAUUAUCUAAAAUAUAAUUUUUUACGAAUAUACUUAAUAAAUAUGUAGUAGCAGCCGAAGAAAUACAUAGAUAUCUCAACUAAGUAGGUACCUACAUAUUUUUCAAUGCUUUUUGGUAUGUAAAUAAAUUAGACCAAAUUUUCAACAUGGUGACCAAAUUUCUUUUUAAAUAUACAGUGUGGUUAUUUUGGUGUGCAACAUAUGGGGAUUUUUUUUAGUAAUAGGACAACCCAGAUACAAACAAGGCCGGAGGUUGGUGCAUGUCUGAUAAUCAUAUUAGCAGCACUUAGAAUGGUUGCAAGUCAAACAGCAUACAGAGGGUAGCUCAAACAAUAUCAAAAAAGUACCUAGGUACCCUUAUUUUAGAAAAUUCAGCAAAAUGUUAUUGAGAAAAGUUGCUUGGAAUUAAAAGUCAAUAAAAGUUAUGCCUAAACACCAAAACAUGGCCUCCUAAGAUUGUUUUUUUUUUUUUCGAAAACCAUUAAUAAUUUCUAUAUUUUUUCUAUUUUUUAUUUCCGCCCUUAAUACUUUCAAAAAUUAAUUAAAAUCAAAUCAACUUCACAUAACUUUGUUCAAAUUCAAGCAUAUUUGUAAAAUUAUCUUAGAUUUUUUAUUUUUUAUGGAAUCAUAAAGUUCAUGUUUGUUGCAAUGAUAUUCAACACAACUUUGAAAUGUCGCAUUUUUUUUUUAACAAGUUGAAACAUUACUAAUGAUAAUAUGCAUAUUAAAAAAAACUCUCCUUAAAGUGCAAAAGUUUUGUUUUAUUUAAGUAAAUUUUGCUGAAUUGUCUGAAAUAAGGGUACCUACUUCACAGUACAAUUUUGAUAUUUUUUGAGGUACCCUGAAAGCUAUUUGACUUGCAACCAUUCUAAGUGCACCUAAUAUGAUUAUCAGACAUGCACCAACUUUUGGCCUUGUUUGUAUUUGGGUUGUGCUAUUCCUAAAAAAAAUCCCCAUAAUAUGUUGCACACUUAAAUAACCACACUGUACAUAUUCACUUUUUUCUGGAAUGAAAUCAAAGAGGCAAAAAAAAUAUCCAUCGCAGCAGGUAUUUUUUAAAACUAAUAACUAGUUUGGUUUGGUGAUAAAUUUGUCGUUUUGUCAAGAAUUUACCCGAAAGCAGAUCCGUCGUGCGUUUGAAAUUCUAAAAUAGUCAUUGAGGUGAACAAUAGACGGACCAAACAUAUGUUCUUUUCGUGCAAGGUUCCUAAAGUUAAUAGGUUGUCUGGUAAUGGGUAACUUGAUGACGCAUCUGGGGUGCCUUGUGGAGAUUUGAAUUCUGUUGAGGCACCCCAUAUGACGUCAUAAAGUUAUCAGGCAACCUACCUCUCUCGAACAACCUUGCUUUUCGUGUACCUAAGUUUCAACAUUGUUGUGGUUUGCAUAAAACUUUCGCUGUUUUUUGAUAAACGAUACUACUCUUGAAAUAGAAUUAAAUAGAAAAUGGUUUCCAUGUAUUUUCACAAUGAGAAUGAAUAAAUGAUUUGUACCUACUUUCUUGUCCAAGAAAAAAACUGCAAAUACAUUUUUUCUUAUUGACAAAGCAUGGAAGUCUUUACUAGUUCAUAAAAAUUUGAAAAUCAAUGCCCUAAGUUCGCCCUACAGUGAAAAAAUAAAAUAAAAUAAAAUAAAAGUAAAAUUUUAAGGUACCUAACUGACCAAACCUACUCAGAUUACAAAUACAUAGGUACCCUUAAAUAUUAAAGAUUGCAGAUUAGAAAGGCAGAUGCAACUCUCAUAAAAUUAUCAAACUUUUCCCUUCUCCCUAAAUUAAAGACCUUUCUAUCUAACUUCGCACAUUUACAAGCUCAGCUAUGACCAACUUGGCAUAAGUGAAUCUAUUUCCUUUUCAAGUUUAAAAGGCAUAUUUACAAUAAUUAUUCUACACAGUACACCACAUAAACUAAGGUGAAAAUGUAAAUGGACUUUCACGAACAAAAUACGUAAAAAUCAGAAAAACCUAAAAAAAAAAACAUAAAAUACUAGUUGUAAGGGCUGGGUAACCAUUUUCAUUGUUCAAACAGAAUAAAAAGUGAUUGAAAAAAUUCUUUGACAGAACAAAAGGCCUCUCUCAGUAGAUACGUUUUAGGUCAUCAUCAUCAUAGACUCGAUACCGAUUAUGAUUAUCUUCUAUUCUAAUCUUAUUGUCGGCAUUUUCUGAUGGUUAUAGCUCUGUUCCAACCGACAUGAGAACCGUUCCAGAACCAGAAAUUUCCAGUUGCCCACCUUUUUUUUCAAUAAGUUCAACGUUUAUCCUACUGGACAAAUGAAUUGAUCGACUGGAAAUUACCGUUCUAGAACGGUUCCCAUGUCGGUUGGAACAGAGCUAAUAUAAACCAAUUCUGGAGCCACACACUCUUCCACAGUUUUGGCACACCCAGCCUCUGGUAGCAUUGUGUCUUCCUCUGUUCUCUCGCUCCUUCCUGCGGUCCCUCUUUUCGGUCUCGUGUCUGCGUCGGUGUUCUUCAAAAGUUUGUGGUGCGUCGUGGAAUACUCGACGCCAUGAGGGCCUAGCAUUUGACAAGAGCUAGAUAACAUUCCUGUAUAAUUUAAUCAUUCGCCUCCAAUUUAUUUAAUAUACAAAUAACAAAAACCUGUAAUAUUCUGAGGUCCGGUUUCUCAAUAGCAAGUCAUCCCCGUGUUAGGCAUAACUCCAGGGUAAACAUUGCACCUGGACACGUUUACCCUGGAGUUAAAACAAACCCGGAGGUGACUCGGAAUUUAGAAACCGACAAAACAAAAUACUUUGACGUCAAUUUGGCAACGCAGCACUCCUUGCCUCAACAUUUUAGAAUUGUUUCGUGAUUUCCGCCAAGCUCUUGUUAUCAUUUGCCGUCGUAUCCCAGUUGCUGUUAUCGAUGCGGCAAGUGACCCUCGACAAGAUGAAGUAUGGAUCCUAUAAAUAUAGAAAAUAAAGUGGAUGUAAUAAGACAGCCCUCUUUAACGCCUACUGUAGUUAUUUGAACAGACUCUUUUUGUCCAUCGUUGCUUAGGACCAUUACAUUCAUGUUAUCAUGCCGCAGGCGGAGUAUCUGGAUGUACUUUUGCGAACACCCAACCUUUGCCAAUAUGUUUAGGCGAAAGAGAAAAAAUCAUUUCCACAUUACAAUGGAUCGGAAUCUGUGUUAUAAGUAUGUAUAAUAUGUAUACAGUGAUUUUUUUCUCAUGAACACUAAAUAAUAUAUCAUUCUGAGAGUAGAUAUCGUUUAUCACAAAAUGCUAAAAGUUUCAUCCAAAUUACAGGAGUAGCUAGAGUUGAAAUCCUAGAACUUUCAUGGAAUGCUCGCCUUUUAUGCAUCAUAUCUUGUUCGAAAACGAGCAUAAGCAUAGCUCAUUAGAAACAAUGUCCAAAAUCUACAAAAAAGUACGUUAUUCCUACAAAAUCAAGAUUUUAGAUUGCAGUGAUAUUGGUCUAAUUUAGACGGAAACGGAAACGUCUGAAAAUACAUGAAAAUUGGCUUCAAUCAUCGUUUCACUGCGGAUACAUACUUGUAAAGAUAUAAAUAAGUUCAAUAGGACCCUGUUAUCUAAUUGCCAAAACCGAACUACAAUCAUAUUUGCCAAUUACUGUCCAAACAUAUCAGUGUUCCGUUAUAGCUAUAUUCGGAACUUACACAGCUAUUAUUAAAAGUUUUAAAUACCAAUAGGGUCAGAACAAAUUUUUUAGAAAUCAAUAAUGGUAUAUAAGAGACACACAUUGGUAGACGAUUAUAAAUAUUUUUGUGCCAAUCGAUAAAUUGGAAUUGAUUUUUUGUUGCCAACCCCAAUUUUUCAGAUUUUUUUUUUAAUUACGAGUGAUAAAUGCAUUUGGAUAAAAAUGUGUGAUAGUAUUUUAUAGGCUGUACAGCUGUAUUAAAAUGAAUUAUAAAAAAAAAACUAAUAGAAUAGGAAGUGUACAUGUUUUUUUUUGUCUCAAAUUUGUUGUUCCUAUAAAUUAUUGUUAUUGUGUACCCAUAUAAUGUAUGCAAUUUGUUGAGGACACUAAGUGUCUGAGUGUUAAAAGAAAAUCUACUUAUGUCACAUUAUUCGAAUGAGAAUUUUUAUUUUAUUGUAUCGAAUUUGUCAUAGGGGAGAAAUUCUCGCUAUGCAAGAGAAAUUAAUCAGUCCCUACUAGAUGAGCAAAAGAAAAGUUGAUACUAUUACCAUCUAGCCAAACUCAACAAUUUUUGUAGCUGGCAGUAACUUCCAUUAAAUAUUUCUACUGAUAAAGGCCGCAUCUAAUUCGAUUAUUUGGUAUAUUGAACUAACUUGGUACAUUUUUUAAGAUACCAGAAGAAUAGUUAUAUGCUACAUCGUGUUAAAUACAUAACUUUCUUACAUUUAAUAGUUGAUUAUUUGCUUAUUUUGUCUGAAAGAGUCAGUAAGUCUUUCAUUUCUACAACAGGUAACACUUCAACUUUUCCGGAACAAUGGCGCCGACGCAUAAUUAUUGUGACCCGGAUCAACAAGCUUAAAAUUACUCUAAGAACUGACUGGUAAAUUGAUUCACCGAUUCCAUUUGCUUGACGCCCUGUACAACAAGUUUAGAACAGGUGAAUUUCUACUUAAAUGAAAACGUUUUUCAUCUAGCUGAUGUACGAGAGAAAUGUUUCUGCGAGUGUAGAACGGAAUUUCGAUGCGUUAUUUCCAGACACCUCAUCAUGGUAUUCCAAUCCAUAAUAUUGCCUAUAUUCAUUACAUGAAAUGUCGUCACAUCAUUUUGCAAAGUCGUCAAAGCAGCUCCUCGGCCUACCUUGUAUGUAGGUAGGGAUGUCACAUUUUCAUACCUUGCCAUGACUUGUCCGUACUUCCAUCUGAGUAGCGGAAGUUGUUUAGUAGUUCAGUUUUAGACUCUGUGAUGAAAUUGUUUCGGAGCGCUGAAUUGGUUUGUGAUGGGGUGUUAUUUUUUUUCUAUAUUCUUGAGAUAUUUUCACAUGAUUAUUGACACCCUGUAUAAAGUUGACUUCACUAUUGAAAAAAAAAAAUUGAAAAUCGGUACAAAGAUAAAACCAUACCUAUCUGUACUAAAGCUUGUAUGUUUUCAGACAAAUUUUCUUCAACAGUUGCAAGUUGAGAUGUCCAAGAAAGAGAAGAUGUAUUUCUAAAAAGUUUCAAAUAUUCUUCAAAAGUUUUCAAUGGCUCUAAAAACUCUGAUUUAUAAGCAAGAAUGAUAAAAACAUUUUUAUUUUAUUGAGCCUAACCCUAACAUUAGGAAACUGUUAACAGGAUAUCCAUUUAAAAUUUAUCUUCAGUGUACCAAUGAAAUUACAGGGUGAGUCACUAAUACUUUGACACCCUCUUGCAGCCGUAAUUACAGGUGAUAGAUAUAAAAGGUGUAAAUACAAAACUACUUGCAUUUUAUCUGAACCUCCAGAAUUUUCAAUUAGAUUAAACAAAUAAGCAACGCAAAGUGGAAAAAUAUGUCGAUGUUACCUUUUUUCAAAUGGAAUGCACUCUAUUUUCUUUCAAUUUCCUUAAAGUUCUCGUUUUUCUGAUUCAGAUUAUGUAAUAUAUGUUUAUGUUUCUUUCAAUAGUUUUGGAAAUAUCUGGAGUUUAGUUAUUCAAAGACCUAUUCAGGUAUCUCGACAUAUUUUUCACUUUGCAAGUUGCUUUACUUGUUGCAGAAUCUAGUUUGGAGUUUUUUGCGGGAAUUUAAUAAUGUGGGAGUAUUUUGUGAAGGCAGUUCUCGUCUUAUCGGUAUAUAAAUUGUUCCAUUUACGCCAUGUUCCAUCCCUUACUGACUUAUCUUCGUUGAUGUAGUUGCCCGCGCUGAGAACUUCUUUGCCUGAUUCUCUGCACACCCCAGUCUUUGCAAAUUUUGACAUGAAAACGCGAAAAGUGGAUUAGAUUGCAAAAUAUCGGGAUAAGUCAUUUGAUUGUUUUUGGAAACUGAUAUUGUCCGGUAUAAAGUACUCUCCCUUUUCAAGGCGCCCACAUAUUCAAAUUUUACCGAAAUUAUCGGUAAUGGACGCCGAUUUACUGGCAGCAUGUCACCGCGUUUUUGAAGAUAACCGGGAAUGCAAUCUUUAGGUAGAUACCUACUUAUUUACCUAACUUGAUGCCACAAAAAUUUAAAUGGUAACCAAUAUACUAUAAAGAAAAAUAUAACAUAGAAAUCCCUAUUUUAAAUGUUAACCUAUAAUUUUCUGAUAAUAUACCCAAAUCAAAGAUUACCAUAAAUACAUGCUUGAUUUUCGAAGCACUUUGGCAUGAAUAUAACUUCAAAUGUUCCGAAAUUCAAGAAUCUAAUAUACUGUGAGUUAAUGUAACAUGUGUUUACAAAAUAAAAAUGUGAACAAUAAACUUGCUUUAAUAUUUACACGAAUUUAUAUAAGUAUUUUCUCAGUAGUAAAGCGGCCUAAUUUUAUCUUUUUAGAAAAAUUGAAAACGCAUUUUUGUGUAAGCGUAUUUUUACUUAAUGGAACAAAAUAAUAUGUAUGGUGUAGUGUAGAUAAUUUUAGGUUUGGAUGUAUAAUAAAAACUUAAUUUUAAGAUAUUCAUAGGAUUUGAUCAACAUUUUUUUUUGAUUUUACAUAGGCAAAUACAUAUAUUGAAAUAUCUCACAAAAGACACCUCCAAUUAGCAGACACACUGUUUUCAUGCAAAAGGGCACUUUCUUUUGAAGCGAUAUCGUAUAAAUGAUGUUGAAGUUAGCACACUAAAAACUCUGCGGCAACGAAAAUGUUUCUGACUUAUGUAAUUACAAUGGCCAGUGUGAAUAAAAUAAUGUCUAGAUAGCAAUGUUUAGAACGCGUUCUGUUGAUACCCUUCACGGUGUUUAUUAUUUGAUUAUUAUUUGGUUACUUAUACAUUAUAAUCUAUGUUUUUCCAUAAUUAUUAUAACUAUACAAGUAUGUACAGUUGCGAUAAAAAAAAGUGGUACAAUUUAAGAAAAAUCUCCAAAAUCUCCUAGACUAAUAAUUUUUCUACUAGUUUUUUUUUAUCGCAACUGUACCUCCUUGUGUAGCAUUUAGGUGAUAUUUUCCGACGGGCAAACACCUUUAUUGGACACAUUUCUACAACUCCGAAAGUGUAAGAAAAAUUCCACAGCUUAUAUAAUUUAGGUCAUGUGGCUAUAUUCAUAUAAAACCUAAUUUUUUGAAAUUUAAAUAUAAGGUAUGUACCUACUGUAAUGAACUUUUGAAAGAAAACAUAUAUUUUUUCACGCACAUACUUUUCACGUAAUAGGUACCUAUCUAUAAAUGCAGUAGGUACAUACUUUCAUUUCAAAACUUGCCACCCACGUUAUCUGCGUGAAGAGACGUUUUUCUGGAAAUCGUCGAAACACGUCAACAAAUUUAUUGAGGGGGAACGUAUUUUACGUAAAACUGGACUUCGCCCCUUUGAUCCCCUAACCCCCAGGGCUACCACCCCAAAAUUUUUAAAUGAGAGAGGAGGUCGAGUUAUAGAUCAUUUUAAAGGGCUGUUUGAUCUGUACAUUUUGGCGUCCUAUUCUUUGAAUUUGACCUCAGUGUUGCAGAAUAACACCCAUUUCAAUGUUUAAAAAUGCCUAUUUAUCUUUAAACACACCUGCUUGGUUACCUGUUGCUGUAAUAAAAAGGUAGGUAAGCAAGCAUAUGUUUAAAGAUAAAUAGGCAUUUCUAAACAUUGAAAUGGGUGUUAUUCUGCAACAGUGAGGUCAAAUUCAAAAAAAUAGGACGGCCUACAGAUUGAACGGCCCUUCAAAAUGAUCUCUCACUCAACCCACUCUCUGUUUUAAAAAUUUUGGGGUGGUAGCCCUAGGGGUUAGGGGAUUGAAGGGGCGAAGUUCAGUUUUACGUAAAAUACGUUCCCUCUCAAUAAAUUUGUUGACGUGUUUCGACGAUUUCCUGAAAUACGCCUCUUUACGCAGAUAACAUGGGUAGCAAGUUUUGAAAUGAAAGUAGUAAUUGUUUCUAAAGGCCCUAAUUAUUAGAUAUUUAUACUGCCGUUUGUGAGUAGUUUGAAAUUAUUCUUAAUCUUUCAAAAGCUCAGUCAAGUUAGCCCUGCCUAUUAUAUAUUUUUUUUCGUGCGAAUAAACUGUGCUUCCAGUGUGCUUUACUGUGCUGCUAAUAUUAAGAACUGUGCUGAGUUGCACUCAACGCUGUUCACAAAAAUUUGAGGGGGGCCAACUUGACGCUCAGUCCCCCCGUUUUUUCGAGAAAGGUGUGAAAAAUUUAAAAAUUAGUAUGCAACAUUGUGCAAAUUAUAACAAAAAUAUGAUAGACGCAUUUAAAAUCUUCUUGCUUUCAUUCGGGGGAAAACCGUCAAGCCUCCCAUAUCAAAACCGGCUGUAGUCUCUGGGAGGGGGGUGUUCAAAAUUCGGUUUGGGUUUUGCAAAAUUUGUGCAAAAUUGUGAUAUAGUUUGUUUUAGGAUCGGGGCGCUAAGGGGCGAAAACUUGCCUGACAAGUUGGAUCCGCCUUUGUAUUUUUUUUUUUAAAUUAAGCUUCAACUCGAAACUAAAUUGAAAGUUUCAACAGAACAAUUCAGCACACUGAAAGUUGUAUUGAUUUUUGCUUUUGUUUUAUAGAAAGAGUUGAGCGUCAAGUUGGCCCCGCCAUAGCAUUUUUUGAAAAACCGGGGGUUAAGCGAAAAACUAAGUUGAAAAUAUUAACAGCACAGUUCAGCACACUGAAACUUGCAUUGAUUUUUACUCCCCCCUCAAAUGUUUGUGCAAAUUGCAAUAAGAGCAUUGAGUGCAACUCAGCACAGUCCCUAAUAUUAGCAGCGCAGUAAAGUACACUGGAAGCACAGUUAGGAUAUUAGGAUAUACGUGCACAAUAGGGAGCUGUGAAACGUACUUAUAGCCUGGAUAAUAAAUAGAUGGAAACUAUCAUCGAUGAUUAGAAUUAUAUCAUUGGUUUAAAUGUGAGCGUCCACAUCGGAGCAGUGAGUAUAGCUGGGAUGAUCGCUUAUAGCAUACCAUAAUGAAUUUUACCUUUCUUUCUGCGAGCAGAAACCAGCUGACAAAGGUGGCACAUGCCCAGUCAUCGACUUGUCUUUAAUUUUACUUAAAAUGUAUUGAAAAGUUAUUUUCAAUAUCGAUAAAAACGAUCAUCAGCAUCAGGUUAUCCCUUCACAUCCUCAUAUGUGAAUGUGAUGAUAAUCUCCCAUUUCUAACCGUUUUUUAUUAAUUGGGUGAGUAUGGUAUUCUCUUGGGGGUAAAUGCCGCAGAGCAUACCUACCAUUUUGUAGCGCACGAACAUAAAUAAUCGUCAUCACUGUCCGACAUCGCGAUCAGGAAAUGCGAGAUGAAAUUGUUUUAAGGCUAUAAAUCCAGGUUAGUAUCACAGCUCCGUUGUGCACACCUACAAGCGCUUAUAUUUUCAGCUAUCAUCUGACAUCCAGGCUACAAGUUCGUAUCACAGCUCCGUUGUGCACGUAGGUACCAUUAAUUAGCAUGAGAAAAAAUAGAAAAACUUAAUAGGCGAGGCUAACUUGACGGAGUCUCUUCCAGAAACUGUUCUGUAUUCUUACUUAUGGAACAGUAAUUUGAAGACGGAGUUGUCUAUUUCAGUUUUCGUAGUACUAAUUCAGUUAUUUACCUACAGUGCGACAACUGAACGAAUCUGCGUGGAAAGUAUGUGGGCACGCCUAUGAGUCCGAGUGAGACUAGGAGAUUUUUACAUGUUUUCCCCUCUGCUACUUCACACGUCGCCAAGGUUCAUUCGGGUGUCGACUGUAAUAGAUAAUUAUUAUUUCUUCAUGUAUGUAUAGGUAAGCAAAAAAAACAGUUGCGUGUGAGUGAAACUUGCAUUAUAGGUGUUCCGUGCAAUAUUUUUUUGCUUUUCCUUUAUAAUCUUCCAAAUGAUUCUAGUUAUAGCAAAAGGAUUUAGGAAAAUAAUUAUUGAUAAAUAUGUAUAGUAAAAAAAUUAUCGACAUCGUGGUGAAUGCACAAUUAUUAGAAUAGUAUUUUAUAUAGAUAUGACUAUAUAAGGAAAUCAAUUAAGAUCUGAUAAUUUGUCUUGGUUGUGGACAUUAUUAGGAAUAUUUGUGAUUUUUUAAAUGUUUCUCUUGUUUGGAACAUGGGCAAUGCAUUUUGGAUUCAUUAAAAGCUCAUCCAUUUAGUUUCUUUCCAAUUGCCAAUAGGUAAGUUUUAUUAUUAGGUAUGCCUAAUUUUGAGUUUUUAACCUAGGUAAAUAUUUUUCAUUUAAUACCCCACUUGAAACGUUAGAUAAUUCUUCUUAGUAAUCAAUUUCUACCCUUAUAAAUCGUAUAUUUUGUCUAUGCAUCUAUGUUUAGCCAUAACUUGCUUCUACUGUAGGAAUUUUAGCACUGUAUCUUAAACUGUUUCUUAAAAAAAUAAAACUUACUCUAACAGACAGACACCGAGAUUCCAAAGUGUUCUGGCUAUGGUACGAAAACAAAUAUUUUAUUUACAACCACAUACGUAAUGUUGACAUUUCUGACUUUUCAAAAGUUUGAAAGUGACACUUUUUUGAAUUUUACUUUCCACCCGGGUGGAAAGUGGUCCCGGGUGGAAAGUAAGUUCUCAUUUCCUAAAAUGUUUAAGACGAGUCCUGCAUGUCAAACGUUUUUUUAGAUGAGUCAGAACUUGUCAACAAAUUUUUUAAAUUUUUUUUAGUAUUUAGUCGAAAUUAUGAGGAUUGUAAUUGUUGUAAAUAAAAUAGUAUACAAACCUCGGUAGGAAGUUUCAUUCCUAUCUCGAGAUUAUAGUUAACUUCGACGCUUCGCGUCUCAGUUAACUAACUGAUCUCUCGACAGUAAUGAAACACUUUCCACCUCGGUAUGUAAUAUACUAUUAUUAUUGUUCCCUAUAUAAAUAUAAUCUAUAUGUGGACCUCUAUAUAACUAAAUUAGUAUACUUAAUUAUGUUUUAUGUUUGAACUAAAAAAUAUAUAGGUAUUUUUAAUACAAAAAAAAAAUAUAUAUAUGAAAGUUUGUUGUGUUGUAACUAAUUAUAUUUCUUUAUAUAGAUAUUUUUGAUCUCGUUAUGGUCUACUUUAUUUAGUGUCGAAUUUUCAACCUCAACCGUUAACAAAUAAAUUAGAUUUUAUUUUAUUAAGUUAUUAUAAAACAUUUUUUCAAACCGACUUGAUAGUUAAAAUAGUAACAAAAAUUGUAUCGCCUAGUUGAUAUAUUUUCUAAUGUAAAGUUAUUCUAAUAUAUUACAUCUUUGUCUGGAAAUUUGAUUUUUUAAUUAAACCUCUACCUUAUAGCCAAAUUUGUUUAGAUAACAGCUGAACAUGGAUUAGGC